AUGAGCGUAGAAGCUGCUGGCCCGUGUUUGGAGAAACUUCCGUCAUUUUUGCAGAAUGAAAUUCUGACAAGACUCGACUUCCCCACAAGGCCAAACCACAAUUAUAGCAAAGAUGCUCUUGAUCAUUUCAUGAAAUGCCUUACAUGGGCAAGAUUCCGUGUACAAAAAUGCAGCAUUAUACUGAAGGAAUGGACGUUAGACUAUUCAACGGCCACUCGAUUGAUCGGCUGUCGGCACUUGGAGCUCGGUUUCUACAGCUUCAUGCAGCUCCGUCAUAUGCUCACACUGGUCACAACGGAUACUAACAAGUUGAUUAUUAUCAAUGCGUUGGCUCGAAGAGAGCAAAUAAUUGAUAAUGUUGCGAUUCCUGAGGAAAUUCUUGGAUUAAAACAUCUCAAAAAUGCGACAAUUGUUCAUGUUGACGCGACUUGGGGUCUCACCGACGAAACACUUUUGAAGUUGAACAACUGGAUUGAUGGAAAUGUUCGCGAUGACUUCAUGGAGCUUCGAAUCCAUUAUACUCGGAAAAUUGUUCGACAUGACAUUCUGAAAGGCACUGGUUAUUAUGAGUGGAACCGCGUGUUCCGCCACGAAAAUCCCGAUUUUUGCCAAAGAUUCCGCAACCUAACUGAAAGCUACCGAGUGAGCAAAUGCUACCAAGUGAGGCGAGCCGAUGGAAAACAAGAAGCCACCAUUGAACUUCACCGCGAGAAAUUUUUGUUCGUUGUCACUGGACGUAUGGCUUGCAGAGAUAACAAAUGGGAGAUGACGUUCGAGACGCCAUAUUAA